AUGCCUGGACCGACACUUAUGACUCCAACUAGCGUUGACAACAAUUCGAACGCAGCAACUGAUGACACAGAUACUGUUCCAGCUCGGAAGAAAGGUCUACUUGGCAGGAUUAAGAGCAGGUUGGUGAAAAACUUUGGUCUUCAGAAGCAAGCAGCUGUGGCUUCACCAACACCAAAGGAUUUGAUCAAAGCCGAGCCUGAAAUCCCAGAUCAGCAGCAGAUUGAGCAGGAGGAGAACAAUACGGACAAGGAGGACUUAAGUCCUGAGCAGCAUCAAUCGCAAAACGAUGAAGUAAAAGUCAAGGGCCCCUCACGAGAUGAUCAAUUGAUCUCGGUGCUGCAAUUUGACGAGUCGGUGCCUGCUUUAAAGAGCGUUACCAAUGAACUUGAGACAGAUAGUACCAUCAGUGUGAUGCAAUGUCUCGAGGAGUACAACCAGAAAUGCAUUGAAACAUCAGAACAGAUCGAGGAAGACAAUGUCGAUGAAGAAGAUGAACAGGAUAAAACAGAAACGACCGCUUCUCACGAAACAGAGGAGACUGGAGAUAUCCCAGAAGAACUGCUUACAGAGACACCCGAGGAAAACGAAGACGAUACGCUAGAAGUGUUCGACAAUGGUGAAGGAAAUCAGCAGCUAGAAGCUUCUUCUUGCGUUCCUGAAGAUGGCGAUGAAGAAGAUAAAUGCCACGACGAAGCAUUUGAUAGCUAUCCAAUGGAUCCUUCAGGAACGCUGCAGAAUGUCGAUCUAAUGAUCAUCGGGGUUACUCCACCGGCGCUGCAAAAUCAUACUCCGUGUGACGAUGUUUGUGAGGAAGAGGAAGAACCUCUGGAUACUGAACUUGCAACACCACGUGUUAAUGAACCACUAUCGUCUCCAAUGAAACGUGUUCGUCCUGGACCUGGCGUUGACAUGAUGAGUUCAAUAGCCUCGCAAGGUAGCACCUUGCCUCACCCUCCUCUUCACGAGAUUCGUGAAGAAGACGAUAACUCCGAUCACCCUCCACUACGGAGUUUUGGAGGCCGACGCCAUCUUCUUUUUGAAACACCAAUCUUGUCUUCAUCUUCAGCUCCGUACUCCCCACAAGUUGACGAGCCUAGCGCAAGUACGUUUGAAGAGGAGCCCCGAGUCGAGCAACAAGUCCAUGAAGACGUCGAACCAGAGUCAAAGACUGUGGAUACAGGAGCGUUAAUCACCCACGCUUUCGGUGAGAGGAUUGUGAACUUAUUGGCCGCCGAUCCAUGGGGUGACCGACAAGAUGGUUUCGAUGCUAUUAAGCUAGCAGUGAAGCAGGCCAACGUCUCUACUGCCGACCCAGUUACACGGCAGCGCUUACUCUGCGCUUCCCUUGCAGCUGCACAAUGCGGUGUGGAGGACCGAGUUGCCCCUGUCAUGUAUUGCGCACUCGAGUGUUUCCGUGCAAUUCUCAAGGAAUUUGCUCGUGUCCUUCCCGACGAACGUGUCGACACUGAAUCGAAGAGCGUUGCAGUUCUUAACACUCAAUUGUCAACUCUGGUGGGUGCUCUAGUCAAGAAGUUAGGAGACUCCAACAAGCGAACGCAGCGUGAGGCUACACAGGCGCUGGUUCGUAUCGCUCGACUUCGAUCCUUGCGAGCGCUUCCCCACUUGUUACUGCAUUUAAGUGGACGGGAAGUUCCACCUCGUCGAAAGCUUGAAACGCUACGUCGUUUGAUGCAGGAAUUCGGUCUUACAACCGCGGCUGACUCCUCAUCUCAGCAGAAAUUGACCGUGGAGAGUGUGCUCGAGUUUGUAGCACCAAGUCUUAAGAUCGCAGAGGAGAAAACUCGCAAAGUCGCGGUCGAGAUUCUAGCAGAUCUUCAGACUCGGACUGGGAAUUCGACAGAUUGGCAGGCCCAGCUCGCUCGGGCUGGAGCAGUCAAACCGGAAAUGCUCCGUGUAAUCACUCGUCGUGUUGACGAGUUGGUGACUAAGCGUGAGCAGCAACAAGCAGCCAUCGCGGAGGAAGCAGUGACAGGCAGUGCUGCUAUAAACCAGGCCGAAGAGCACGUUGAUGACGAGGCUGCUUUUCCUCCUGCAGAACUGGUGGACGUUCCUCAGGAAGACGCUCAGUCGAGCAUUAAACUGCUCGAGACUUCGCUGUUAAAUGCACAGAAUAUCGUAGGUCCUGUGUGCUGGCGAAAGCUCUCGAGUAAGACGUGGAGCGACAGAAAGGAGGCUCUACUAGACGUCGAGAAAGCUAUGAUUGAAGCCAAGUCAGACUUGCGGGACACUCGACCGACAUUCGGGAGCUCUACUCAGAGCACGUUUGUGGCGUACAGUGCGCUGUUACACCGUGCACUUGGAGACAGCAUUGCGCCUGUUCUGAACACUGCGUUGGAUGCCUACGCGACGCUCGUCAAGAUCUAUGGUCCUCGUAUUGAAUGGCGUGGGGCGGAUGUGCGUGAUGUGACGUUACUGACUUUGCUGCGGUUGCUGGCAGCGAUGCAGAAGCCAAACACUCGGACGACUCGUGCUGCGUGUCGUGGAGUUCUCAAGCUGGCAAGGCUUCCUAACGCCCGUCACCCGCUUCGAUAUGUGCUCUCUUGUGUGUUUAAUGGCGAAGGCAACAGCGCGUGUGACCCACAGGUUCAAAUGCACUUGCUCCGUCUUUUAGUACCGGAGUUUGGAUUCCAGGCUGAUGGAUUAGGAGCAUCGCGUGUACUUGAUGCGGUUAGCAAGGGCUUGACACACAGCAGUGCUCGUGUUCGCCGCUCGGCUGCAGAUGUUGCACUGAGUGCUCAACGACUUCUUGGCCGGGAAUUCGUGCUGGCUCGGCUUCAAGAUGUCAAGCCCGUGACGCUCAAGGAACUUGAGAAGAGUUUCGUUGAUGGCGUGGGGUCUGGUGGUGCAGAGCGCCCGCAAACUGUGCAUGCUACUGCGGUGGAGGUAUCGGCACCUGUGGCUAUUGGAGGCUCCGGCUUACCGCCCGUGACAUUUGGUGGGCCUGGAGAAUUUGCAUCGAGGCGGUUGCUUCACAGUGCACCUGUGGGCAUUGGCCGACUGCAAUUCACGCCACAUAACGAAGAGCUAUCUGCGAGCUCUCAAGCACGUGCUUCAGUACUUAGCAACGAGGAGGAAAAUCUUAUGGAUUCGAUCCUUGGUGGGAAUGAUUUCUAGGAUACAAUAAACCGCAAGCACUAAGUAUGAAGCAUCAUGCUUUUUAUACAAACGCCUUCC